UAAAAGUGCCAUCGCAAUUCCAUUCCGUUUAUCAUUCCCCGGUGCACUUAGGCUGCCAAGCUAGGAAAUGACAAGCUGACAGAGUCCUGUAGUGUACGUUCCAGAACACAACAGGACAUUUUUUUUGUUGCCGUUGAUGCAUGUUGCGAUAAUCUGGAUUCAUUAAUUGAAUGCAAAUAGAGGGCGUGGGUUUUUGCUCUUGAAUAGUAUUGUCGUUGUAAUGGCAGUUCGAACUUGUUGCUGUAAAUUCGUGACGACUGAAAUCUUGAUAUUAUCAUAUCAUCAUCCAGCGGUUGUUGUUGGCUCUUUCGCAGAAAGGAAUGCAAGAAUAACCGGUUGUUCUACUAGUUGCGGGCCCUGUUUUUUUCAGGGUGUAGCAGCUAGAAAGCCAAAACACAGGAAAAAGACAACUCCUUGGCAAUAAAUAAAGGAACCCUAAAAGAACUUCUUUUUUUGUGUGGAAGGCAAGACCAACAGUGCAGACAAGUGCUAAACUAAAAGACUGAUUGAUUACGAAAGCUUGGAAAUGGCAGGAGAGAAGGGGAGGGUAUGCGUGACAGGAGCUGGAGGUUUCUUGGGCUCUUGGCUCCUCAAGGUUCUUCUAUCUAAGAACUAUCUUGUCCAUGGAACCGUUAGAGACCCCGCGGACGAGAAGUAUGCUCACUGGAAAACCAUUGACAAAGCAUCUGAGAAUCUGAAACUCUUUAAGGCAGAUUUACUGGAUUACAACUCUCUUUGUUCUGCUAUCAAGGGAUGUGAAGGAGUCUUUCAUGUUGCCAGUCCCGUUCCCUCCUCUACAGUACCAAACCCUGAGGUAGAAUUGAUCGAACCUGCUGUAAAGGGCACAUUGAAUGUGCUCAGAGCAUGUGAUGAAGCAAAGGUUAAGCGAGUUGUUAUUGUGUCCUCUAUGGUUGCUGUGUGCAUGAACCCAAGCUUGCCAAAGGGUCAAGUGAUGGAUGAGAAUUGGUGGUCUGACAAGGAAUACUGCAGAGCAACCAAGAACUGGUAUUGUCUGUCCAAGACAGAAGCAGAAAGUGAGGCGUGGGAAUGUGCAAAAAGAAGUGGACUUGAUGUUGUAACAAUCUGUCCUUCCCUCAUCUUGGGGCCAAUUCUGCAUUCUGCAGUAAAUGCAAGUAGCAAGGUUCUUAUUAAACUCUUGAAAGAAGGGUACGAGUCAUUGGAAAACAAACUCCGAAAUCUAGUAGAUGUUCGUGAUGUUGCUGAAGCACUGCUUUUGGUAUAUGAGAAGCCAGAGGCAGAAGGGAGAUAUAUAUGCACAGCUCAUGAAAUCAGAACAGAGGAUUUGGUGGAGAAAUUGAGAAAUAUAUAUCCUAACUAUAAUUAUCCUAAAAGCUUCACUGAAGAAGAGGAAGGAAUAAAUCUGAGUUCAGAAAAGUUACAGAGGCUAGGGUGGAGCUACCGGCCAGUGGAGGAAACUCUCAUUGAUUCGGUGGAAAGCUAUCAGAAGACUGGAAUCUUGGAUUAAACAAAAUGGGCAGUUCAUCUUAUUCCUUUUUUUUUCCCAAUUAAUAAAUGCGAUUUGCUAGCAUGUUGUGUCGAUGAUUCAUGUUGAUACCGUGACUUGUAUGGAUAUUUGUUUUUCAAUCA